GGUGGCUUUUCCAGGUGCCCAGUACCUCUGUUCAGUGCUCAGUUCCCAUUGCUCUGUGCCCUUUGCCCAUCAAGUGCCCAGUGCCUCUGUCCAGUGCUGGUGCAGUGCCCAGCAUCCGUGUACAGUGCUGAUGCCAGUGCCCCCCUGCCUGGUGCUGGUGCCCAGUUCCUUGUGCCCAGUGCUUCCCCUGGCUGAUACUGGUGCCCAGUUCCUUGUGCCCAGUGCCCCCCUGCCCGGUGCCUGGUACUGCUGCGAGUUCCUUGUGCCCCCUGACCAGCGCCAGUGGCCAGUGCAGGUGGGUGCCGGUGCUGGGGCGGUGCGGUGGGUCCGGUGCCGAUGCCGGGGCGGUGCGGUGGGUGCCGGGGCGGUGCGGUGCCGUCGGUGCCGGGGCGGGGCGAGGCGGUCGGUGCAGGAGGAAGCGCAGCCGGCGGCAGAGCGGCCCCGCAGCCGGCCGGAGCCGUGCGGUCGGAGGUGGGCAAUGCCAGCCAGGCCGCGCAUGCUGACAAGGCGCAAGGACAUGGAUCGUGGCGUCAGUCUGGAAAACCCCUAUGCCAGCGUCAACAUCCCACGGGACCAGUUCCAGCAAAGCUUCAUCACUCACUACCUGAAGGACGAGCCCAUUGUCAUUGCCAACCCUGCAGCUGUGCCCACCUACAGCGUGGAGGAGCAGGCAGACUCCACUGGCAGCUGGAACAGCCCGACCAUUUCCACAGAAAAGUCCUGGUCCCAUCCCUACAACCCCUAUGCCAGCCUGAGGAUGCUCAACAAGGAAUCACCCAACUCCUUCUACACUGUUGCUCUGGACAAGCCACCCAAGGGCCAGGAGCAGGAGGCCAGUGGGGAAUGCGGGGCCAGUGAGGAAUGCAGCUGCUGCAAGUGCCACCCCUGCUGCAGAAAGUGCUGCUGUGUUGUCUCCUAAGGGCCCUCACUGCACCCACAGGGCAUGCUGACCAUGAGAUGGGGCCAGGGGCCACCUGUGGGGACAUGGCUGCCUGGCCUGGGCACCCCGGAGAGCUGCCCCAGCACCCAGCAGAGCCGGCAGCUGGGAGGUGGCACUGGUUGGACUUUGCUGUUGCUUUUCACCCGUGAGCUUUGCAGCCAGAUACACCAGUGAUGGGCCCCUGCCAGGUCCUGAGAGCGCAGGGUGGGGUGUGGGAGAGAAGGACAGGUCCUCCCUGCCCUGCUGAAGCCCAGGAGCCUUGAGGAUGAUGUGUGCCAAUGCAGAUGCCACCGAGAAGUGCCUACACUGGGGACAGGGCAACACUCUGAGCCUGCAAUCCUGUACACUGACUCUGCCAGUCUGCCCUUGCUGGAAAGCCUCUGACUCUGGGGAACAUCCAGGCAUUGCCCGUCUGCCAGAGGAUAGGUUUGGAUGAUGGCAGCCCUGUGUGUGUGGCAGGGGGCAUCAUCAGCACUGUCUUGGAGCGGUGGAGAGGAGCCAGGGACAUGCCCCCAGCUGGGAUGGGAACCCACCUCCCCAGAACUGAGUGGUCCCCCGAUGCAUGGCAUCAUGAGGAUGCUGCAGCACUCUGCGCCAGGCUCCAGCUAGGUACCACUCCUCCUGGCCACACUGCCCAUGGGACAGAGGGAAGGAGACAGAAAGGACAGACAAAGCUUGGCAGAGUGCUGGGCAGCACUCCAGGGCAGCACCUGAAGGCACAGCAUGGGUAUGGGUGGGUGUUAACAUCCCAGCGGCAGGAAACCCCUGGCCCCAUCUGGUUGCUCCUGCCAGUGUGUACCUUGCAGGGUGCUGGGCACAGCCCCUCACCCCAGCCACAUCCUGGCGUGGGGCUCCACACUGCGCUGGGGCCAGGUCCAGUGUGGAGGGCUGGCCCAGCUCCAGCGGUGGGAUAGCACUGGGGCACCCUGUCUGGGAUGCAGAUCCCCAUCAUUCGCCUUCUGCAACCCCCUGGGCAUUGAGGAAGGUGAGUGAGGAGCCUGCUGGCCUCUUCACAGCGUGCUGGGGUGGCUCCAGGCUAGGUUUUUGGCUGGGGCUGGCGUCGCCGAGCUGGAACAAGCCUGCCGUUGUGUUGGCGUCCCACGGGCAGCCGUGCUGGCUGCGUAAGCACCGCAGCUACUGCAGGAACUGCCUGGUCUGCAGGGCAGGGGCCUGGAAAGAGUGCCUGUGUUAGCAGAUGACUUCAAGGUGCUGCAAAUAAAAUUAAAGCCUUCUGCUCCCCUGCCAAGGUAUGCCUCUUCCCUCCAUCGUGGG